AUGAGGAAACUUACAUCUACAACCACCAUUGGUUCGAAGAGGAAGCAUCCCAGCAACAACGAAGCGAAUGAGAAUAGUAAUAUCAUUGAUGCAGCCUACAUGUCGCCAAUUGAAUCCAGCCGGAAUGCAGGCAAUAGUAAACCGCUUAUUGGUGUUUUCCAAAGUUCGCUAAGUACGCCAUUAAGUAUGGUUACAAAUGGUUAUUAUUUUGAUAUUGGUGAUCCAGAUUAUGUUUGCGAGCAUUGUAAUUCGUUUUUUUGGUACAAUGAACGGUCAAGCAAUUCCAGGGGCUCUGAAAAUCCAAAAUACUCUGCAUGUUGUGUCAAUGGGAAGAUAAAGUUUCCAUUAAUGACAAAGCCUCCUCAGAAGUUGCAUGACCUAUUCUUUACCACCAGUGAUAAAAAUAAAUGUUUUUUAAAGAAUAUAAGGUCCUACAACAACAUGUUCUGCUUCACGUCCAUGGGUGGGAAAAUUGAUAGAACUAUUAACAACGGAACAUCACCGCCUAUAUUCCGUAUUAAUGGUCAAAAUUUUCAUCGCAUUGGGAGCUUAGUCCCUUCAAUUGGCAUUCAACCUAAAUUUGCCCAAUUAUACAUUCACGAUACAGAAAAUGAGAUAGAAAAUCGAUUCAACUCUUUGAGGGCGCAAAACAAUGGUUCUACAUUGCAUGUUGAGGUAGUACACGACAUUAAGCAAACGCUAGAUGAACACAAUGUGUUGGUUAAGUCAUUCCGAAUGGCCAAGUCGUUUAUUGAAUCUAAUCCUCAAACUCAUAUAAGAACGAGAUUAAUAGGGAAGAGGACCAAAGAUGCCAGAAUUUAUGCACUUCCAACUACUUCCGAGGUUGCCGCUCUCAUUGUUGGAGAUAUAGACCCUUACAUGGGACAGCGUGAUAUUAUUGUCGAGUCUAGAUCUGGAGUCCUCAAACGAAUAAGUGAAUUAAACCCAACUUAUUUACCAUUGCAAUACCCAAUAUUAUUUCCAUAUGGAGAGGAUGGUUUCAGGGAAGAUAUACAUUUUGCUCCACAUCGUACUAAACAAGACUUUUCAAGAAAGAGUGUUUCACAAAGAGAGUACUUCGCGUUCCGUAUACACGAAAGAUCAAAUGAGACCUCAACUAUAAUGUAUGCUAAAAGGUUAUUCCAACAAUUCUUGGUUGAUGCAUAUACUAUGGUUGAAUUUUCGAGGUUACUCUAUAUUCGGUUAAAUAAAAAAGCUUUGAGGUGUGAGGCGUACAAAGGUCUCUCUGAUGCGCUGACGCGAGGUGAAGUUCAACCCAGUUCUCAAGGUAAAAGAAUAAUAUUACCUUCAAGUUUCACUGGAGGAGCAAGGUACAUGAUACAAAACUAUCAAGACGCCAUGGCAAUUUGCAGAUUUAUAGGUUAUCCCAAUCUUUUUAUUACAUUUACAUGUAAUCCUAAAUGGCCUGAGAUAGAACGCUUCUUGGAGAAAAGAAACUUGAAAGCUGAAGACCGCUCGGACAUUGUUUGCCGUGUUUUCAAAAUGAAGCUAGACUGUUUAAUAAAAGAAAUAAAAAAUGGGAAACUAUUUGGUCGCGUAAAGGCAGUUAUAUACACAAUUGAGUUCCAGAAACGUGGUCUUCCGCAUGCUCACAUAUUACUGUUCCUGCAAGCGAACAACGAGUUUGCAGACCCGACCUUUAUGGACACGAUCAUUUCAGCCGAGAUCCCCGACAAGGUGACAGAGAAUGAAUACUACAAACAUGUUGGAGAAUUCAUGUUGCACGGCCCGUGUGGUGCUGCCAGGAUUAAAUCACCGUGCAUGGCAAAUGGCAAGUGUUCAAAGCAUUUUCCAAAAAGAUACAUUGAUGCAUCGCAUUUUGACCAAGAUGGUUACCAGUUGUCAAUCAAGUACUUAUUCAAGUAUGUAAACAAGGGCAACGACCGGGUCACUGUUGAGUUUUAUAAGGCUACGAUCGAUGGAGUUGGUAACGAGAUUGUGGAUGAGAUAAACAUGUAUUAUGAUUGCAGAUACGUAUCUGCAUUUGUUUUCCAAGACGAUGAUACGAUUGAUAAUGUCCUCAAUAGGGAAACCGUUGGGAAAAGUAUGUUUAAUGCAUGGUUUGUAGCCAAUCAGAAUUUCAAAGAAGCGAGUUUACUGACGUACAUCGAGAUGCCUACCAAAUUUGUGUGGAAGAAGGACAUCCGUGAAUGGCAUCCAAGAAAGAAGGGUUCCUCAAUUGGUAGAAUAUUCUAUGUACCUCCAGCUUCAGGGGAAAUAUAUUAUUUGAGGUGUCUAUUGAACAUAGUCCGUGGUCCAACAAGUUACAAAGAUAUUAGGACAGGUAACGGUGUUGAGUACUUAACCGUUAGAGAUGCGUGUUAUGCUCAUGGAUUGCUAGACGAUGAUAAAGAGUACAUUGAUGCUAUAAAUGAAGCAAGCUACUGGUCCAAUGCGCAUUCAUUGAGGAAGCUAUUUGUUGUUUUACUAACAUCAUCAUCAAUUAUUAGACCCGAAAAUGUUUGGAAUCAAGUGUGGGAACAUUUGUCUGAAGAUGCUCAACACUAUCAAAGGAGAGUAUUAAAACAACAAGAUUUGUUCUUAACAGAGGAAGAGAAAAAGAACUUUGCAUUAAUUGAACUGGAAAACCUGUUGGGUCAACAAAACAAGUCUUUAAAAGACUACCCCCCGAUGCCAACACCAAGUACUGAUAAUUCACGGUUGUUUCAAAAUCGAUUGGUUUUUGAAGAGUUGUCUUACGAUUCGGAACAGUUGAAGACAGAUUCUGAGGUCCUUUGUGCCAAACUAACUGAAGAACAGGGUCUCAUAUAUGAUACUGUUAUCCAAGAUAUUGAGAACAAGAAGGGUGACUUAUUUUUUGUUUAUGGUUACGGUGGAACAGGAAAGACUUUCCUGUGGAGAGCUUUAUCAGCUGCAGUCAGAUGCAAAGGCCAAAUCGUUUUAAAUGUCGCUUCAAGUGGCAUAACUUCUUUGUUGUUACCAGGUGGCCGGACUGCACACUCGAGAUUUGCAAUACCUAUUGCAAUAAAUGAGGACUCUACCUGUAACAUUAAGCAAUGUAGCGACUUGGCUGAAUUGCUGAUCAAGACGAGCUUGAUAAUUUGGGAUGAAGCUCCCAUGAUGCACAAACAUUGCUUUGAAGCUUUAGAUAGAACCAUGCGGGAUUUGUUGCGUUUUGUAGACCCUAAUAGUGAAAUGAAGACGUUUGGUGGUAAAAUAGUUGUUCUGGGUGGAGAUUUCCGCCAAAUUCUUCCAGUAGUUCCCAAAGGUACACGACAAGACAUUGUUUCUUCAGCAAUCAAUUCAUCAUACCUAUGGGAUAGUUGCAAAGUGUUAAGGUUGACUAAAAACCUCAGGCUCAGCUCGGUACCAAAUGGUGGAAACCGACAGGCGUUACAAGAGUUUGCUGACUGGAUUGCCAAUAUCGGCGAUGGGAAGCUUGGUGGGCGGAAUAACGGGUUUGCAGAUGUUGAAAUACCAAUGCACAUGUUAGUAUCAUCCGGGGGGGACGACAUUAAAGCAAUUGUGCACAGUACAUUUCCUAUUUUUGCAAGUGGAAACACUGACCCCGAGCACCUGUUGGGUCGUGCAAUAUUAGCACCAACGCUCGACGUUGUCAACGCUGUUAAUGACUAUAUGACUGAGUUGCACAAUGCCGAAAGUAGGUCAUACUAUAGUUCAGACGCAGUAAGCAAAGCCGAUGGCGAUAACGGUAUAUUUGGAGACGUACACACACCGGAGUUUCUAAAUAGCAUUCGGGUUUCAGGUCUACCAAAUCAUACACUGACUUUGAAAAUCGGAUCACCAGUAAUGUUAAUGAGAAAUAUUGACCAUUCUCUUGGUUUGUGCAAUGGAACUCGGUUGAUAAUCACAAAGCUAGCAGAUCAAGUGAUUGAAGGCGAGAUUCUGACUGGUCCCAACAAAGUUCCAAUUGACAUUCAAUCUACCAACAACCCCAGUUUGAGUCCCAGCAGCAGCAGCAAUGGUCAUACAUUGACCAUAUCUCCUGGAAUGACACAGUAUUGGACUCCUCACUGUGAAGAUGAAAUCAAACCAGCAGUAGACAUGAUUUUUAAAACAUUGGAUGCUGGUAUUGAAUUCUACAAACAUUAUGCUGCCAAAGUCGGGUUUGACACGAGGUCUAGUUCCGUCGUUACAGCACGUGACGGGACAAAAAUUCAAAAGCAUAUCGUUUGCAACAGAGAAGGAUUUAAGAAUACAGGAGCUCAACAUUGUCCCUCGCAGUCAAGUGCAGAUGCAGGAGAAGGUCCUUCCCGUCCAAAGCGGCGAAGGGUUUCAAACAGAACUGGUUGCAGAGCUAGGAUUAUGUUUAGGUACAUUGGAGCAGUUGGGUACCAAAUUACCACUUUUAUUGAAAAACAUAAUCACAACAUGUCUUCGGUUCUGGCAAGGCAGUUUUUAAAAGGAAAUAGAAACAUCUCCAGUGUUCACCAGAAGUUUAUACUCGACUGCGCUAAAGCAAAUAUUGGAGCAUCAAAAUCACACGGUUUAUACAGUAAUAUUGUGGGGGAUUAUUCUGAAGUUGGAGCAACUGUAGUGGACUUUAAAAAUGUCAGAAGGGAUCUCAGAGCAUACAUAUUGGGAGCUGAUGCACAAAUACUGGUGCAUAAUCUUAUUAAGAAACAAGAGAUGUGCCCUGCAUUUGCUUUUGACUACGAGGUUGAUGAAGAUGAGCAGACUGUUUUGGGCAGAUCCAAUGUCAAAAAAGAAUUUUGCUGCAUUUGGAGAUGUCGUCUCUUUUGA